AUGCCGCCUCCCUCCAUCACUCAAUGGGAUAUGCCUCCGAUCCAUACCUAUCAGGGCCUCCGAAUAGAAUCACUAUUUCAAAAGACAAGAUAUCCAGAUAUCUUCAUGAGAGAGGAGGUAGCUCUCAAGAUUAACCUCCCAGAGUCCAGAGUCCAGGUUUGGUUUAAAAACCGGCGAGCCAAGUGUAGACAACAAGCCAAACAGCAACAGUCUAGUGGAGAAAAAUCUAGGCUAAAAAUAAAGUCUAAAUCUCCGCCUUCAAGCCGAAUAACUGCCUCCCCGUCUCCCUCUCCUCUCUCCGCCGUUAGGGAUUCACCUUUCAAGAUGGAGCGGAGUUCUCCGCCCCCCGCCUCAGAUCCUCAUAUGUCUCUUCCCUCCUCGUUAACUUCAGCUGCUUACAAUCCAAUAUGGAGUCCGGCCAGUAUCAGUCCAGCGUCUGGUGACCUUAUUAGUGGUUCAUCUAAUUCAAAUUAUCUUCUUGAUAAACCUUCUUACCUACCUGAAAAGGGUGCGGGUGGAUACCUAAGUAGUGAGAAAAGCUACUAUCCCCACAACUAUGGAUGCUACUACUCAAAUAUGGAUUAUUUACCAACUAUGGGCCAUCACUCACUAAACGUUCCUGUAAGUAUUUUUUAA